CUUUGCCAGCUACUUCCUCCCUUGACCGAGCAAAACUUUGUGAGUCCUCUCGCGGUAUCCCGGCAAGCUGCCCUGACCACUCGAUCACUCGACAACAUGCCUGGGCUCGAGCCAAUCAAGCCUUACGAGUGCACGUUCGAGGACUGCAAGGCCUCCUUCAACACGCUCAAGGAAAUGAUUCGUCACAAGAAGAACUCUGAAGUCCACGACUACUGCCCCAAGUGCGACCUAGACUUUAACUCUGUAGAUGAGCUUGCGCAGCACAAGGCAUGGCGUCCAGACAAGCACGGCCAAGCUUGUCGUAUCUGUGGGGACGAGUUCAAGACUGCCUCUGGUCUCAGGCGACAUAUCGAGAUGAACCACCGCAGCAAUCAGAAAAUCAUCUGCAUUGGCUGUAGUGAAGACUUCUUCAACGCAACACUGUAUAUUGAUCACCUUGAGUUCGGCCACUGCAGCGUCAUCCGGCCAGCUCAAUUUACUGGUCACAUCCUCCAUAAACACAUCAUCUUCGAGCUGUUGAAAGGUGGUGAAGCCCUUGACAGAUUCCUCCAAAAGGUUUCCAAGAAUAUCCCACUUUCGGAUGACGAAGACGGCGGUGUCAGCGUCGAUGAAGAGGUCAUGUGCGCACUGAAUGAUAGCGACCAGGCCCGUCAGGUUUCGUUCCAAGCCAUGAAGCCAGAGAACGCCGAGGAUACAGCCGCAGCUUUCGAAAACAUGUCGCUUUCCAGUGAGUCCACUUUGGCUGCCAAUGCUGGUCACGAUACUGCAAAACCUGCUGGCUCUGAGCGUUCCGUGAAAGCUUGGGGAGGCAAGUCCAGCAAGAAGCUAUUCCCGCAUGCCCAGCCAACACCUCCACCUAGCGAUUUCUCAAUUGGUUUCCCCGAGAGGCAGGUAGAGCGCACCCACGGCAUCAACAUCAUGAAGACACGCUUCUGGGAUCCUACUAGCAAUGAUUGGAACGCUGAACAGUUCUUCGACCCUCUUAGCAAGUCUUACUCUUGCCCCUUCAAUUGCGAACAGACGUUCACGCGCGAGGACGUAUUGGCAGAGCACAUUACUGAAGAGCAUCGACUUCAUCGGAUCAACUGCCCCCGCUGCCUCAAAUACUACGCCUCUGUCACUGCUUUGAUGCGUCACAUAGAGACCCCAGGUUCCAAGUGCCCCAUCAACAAAGCGGUAGACUUCAGCCUAUAUCUUGAUAGAAUCACGGGCGGUUUCCUAACCGUUGAGGAGGUUACGCGACCCGAGUUUCUUCACAACCCACCCGCUAAAGUCACGAACCCUGAGACGGGUAAGAAGGAAGACUACACGCCUCCGACCGCGAAGAUGUUGAAGUAUCAUGCUACAACUCCUCCGGACUGGAAGGAUCCGCGUCCAGUAGCAGCCCAGUUCGGAGGCGCUCCUGGCGAUACGUUCUCCUACAAGGGCAAGACGAGUCGAUGGUGA